UUUUCAUUUCAGGAAGAAGCGGAUCUCACCAACGUUGCUUCUCCCCGCUGGUGAAUCAAUGCCUUUAACGUUAAACGCCGAUAAAAUAUCUCGUAACGUCAGCAUCUGAGCCACAUCACAUUUUCUAUGUAGCCGACAGUCGUGCGAGCUAACUGUCUAACCCGGUUUGAGACCACAAAAUAUGGACUGGACAGCGAGCAGCCGGGCCCGGCUGUGGUGCAUUUUAGCGUUGCUUUGCUGCGCUGGUCUCCCACAAAAGGGGUUUUGCAGUGCCGGCACAGUUUCCCUCUCUGAAAGCCUGCUCUUUGUGUCCACUCUGGAUGGAAACCUGCAUGCGGUGAGCAAGAAAUCAGGCUCUAUCAAAUGGACUCUGAAAGAAGAUCCAGUUCUUCAAGUCCCCACACAUGUGGCAGAGCCAGCAUUUCUGCCUGACCCUAAUGAUGGCAGCCUGUACUCUCUUGGAGGAAAGAAUAAUGAAGGCCUCACAAAACUGCCAUUCACCAUCCCUGAGUUGGUCCAAGCUUCUCCCUGUCGCAGUUCUGAUGGAGUCCUUUACAUGGGCAAGAAGCAGGACUUGUGGUACGUGGUUGACCUGUUGACCGGUGAGAAACAGCAGACCUUGACUUCUUCCUUUGCUGAGAUGCUGUGUCCCUCUUCAUCCCUUCUUUACCUGGGGCGCACAGAGUAUACCAUCACCAUGUAUGACACCAAGAGCAGGGAGCUGCGCUGGAAUGCCACCUACUCUGACUAUGCCUCCACCCUUCCUGAUGAUGACACCAAAUACAAGAUGGCUCACUUUGUGUCAAACGGCGACGGCCUUGUCGUGACAGUGGACAGUGAUUCUGGAGAUGUUCAAUGGGUUCAGAACUACAACUCUCCGGUGGUAGCCAUGUACAUCUGGCAACGCGAGGCCCUCCGCAAAGUUCCCCACACUAAUGUGGCCGUGGAAACCUUGCGCUAUCUCACUUUCAUGUCUGGUGAGGUUGGCCGCAUAACUCAGUGGAAAUACCCAUUUCCCAAAGAGAAGAAACCCAAGAAUAAAUUCAUGGCCACUUUGUACGUGGGUAAAUACUCUACCAGUCUCUACGCUUCUCCUUCCCUGGUGCAUGAUGGAGUCACUGUUGUGCCUCGUGGCAGCACCUUCCCAAUGCUGGAGGGUCCUAAUAGCCAGGAAACUGAAGAGGAUAAGGAGUGUUUCAUCACACCAAGCACCAGUGUUAAGUUCAACUCUGCGCUUAAGGAUCAAAACCGUAUCAACUUCAUGAGGAACUACCUGCUGCUAAUAGGUCAUCAUGAGGUGCCACCUGAAGCUCACACCAAGAUCUUGGAGAAGUUCCCGGACAGCUUCCCUCGCAACCAAGGCAACGUCAUCCCCCCUACAACUGACAAGAAAGUAGAGGAGAUGGUGAAUGAUAGUGGUAUGGAUGACAUGCCUGAAACAUCAAUCGUAGAACCUCGGUCCAGUGGACGCCCUUUGCGCCCAGAAGCUCCCGUGGACUCAAUGCUUAAAGACAUGGCCACCAUCAUCUUCUCCACCUUCCUUCUGGCUGGAUGGGUGGCCUUUGUGAUUACUUACCCUAAAAGUGUCCACAAGCAGCAGCAGCUUCAGCAUCAGGAGUUUCAGAGACAGAUGGAGGAGAGGCUUGAGCUUCUCCAGAGACAGCAGCCAUUCCCCCCCGCAGACGUGAGCUUGGGCUUACAAGACAGUGACUACCUGGAGGUCGCCCGCACCCGCUCUGAAUGUUCCGAUAACAGCACCCCGAACAUCACCCCCCGUGCCUCCAACCACUCUAAUCUGUCUGUGUCAGAGGUGGGCAUUUCAGCCAAUGAGCAUGAAGAUGGAGAGGAAGAAUCCACUGUUGUCCGAGUAGGUAACAUUACUUUUCAUCCCAAAGAGGUCUUGGGUCAUGGUGCUGAGGGCACCAUUGUUUACAAGGGUCAGUUUGACAACCGUCCAGUGGCAGUGAAGAGAAUUCUUCCAGAAUGCUUCAGCUUUGCAGAUAGAGAAGUUCAGCUGCUGAGGGAGUCGGACGAGCACCCAAAUGUCAUUCGCUAUUUUUGCACCGAGAGAGACCGUCAGUUCCAGUACAUCGCGAUCGAGCUUUGUGCUGCUUCACUUCAGGAGUAUGUGGAGAGGAACGAUUUUGACCGUCAUGGACUAGAGCCAGUCAUGCUGCUUCAGCAGACCAUGUCAGGAUUGGCCCAUCUGCACUCUCUCAACAUAGUGCACAGAGACCUGAAACCCCACAACAUCCUGGUGUCGAUGCCCAAUGCUCACGGUCGGGUCCGGGCCAUGAUUUCAGACUUUGGCUUGUGUAAGAAGCUAGCAGUGGGCCGCCACAGUUUCAGUAGAAGGUCUGGGGUGCCAGGCACUGAGGGCUGGAUCGCCCCUGAAGUUCUCAGUGAGGACUGCAAAGAUAACCCGACCUGCUCUGUUGAUAUCUUCUCUGCUGGUUGUGUGUUUUACUACGUGGUGUCUCUGGGAAGCCAUCCAUUUGGCAAGUCUCUACAGAGGCAAGCAAACAUUCUACUGGGCACCUACAGCCUCGAUCAUCUUCAAACUGACAAACAUGGGGACAUUGUAGCCAGAGAUCUAAUAGAGCAGAUGUUGAGCAUGGAUCCCCACAGUAGGCCUUCAGCUGACAGUGUUCUUAAACACCCGUUCUUCUGGAGCCUUGAGAAGGAGCUGCAGUUCUUUCAGGAUGUAAGUGACAGAAUAGAAAAAGAACCGCUGGACGGUCCAAUUGUGAGACAGCUGGAGAGAGGAGGGAGGGCUGUUGUCAAGGGGGACUGGAGAGAGCACAUCACAGUACCACUGCAGACAGAUCUGCGAAAAUUUCGCUCCUACAGGGGCGGGUCAGUCAGAGACCUGUUACGUGCAAUGAGGAACAAGAAACACCAUUACCGAGAGUUGCCUGCUGAGGUACAGGAGACCUUGGGCUCUAUCCCAGAUGACUUUGUUUCCUACUUCACUUCCCGUUUCCCCCACCUGCUGAUGCACACGUAUCUUGCCAUGUGGACCUGUGCACCCGAGCGGCCAUUCCUGCCCUACUACUCCACUACAGUGCAGCUCGCUAAAACUCAGGCCCAGCACACACAUACAGGGCCACAAAGACAAAAUGAGCCAUGCACUCAACACCUGCCAACACACACAUGUCCAACAUCUUCGCAACCCAAGGGACCUACACAUUCAUCGCAGCCAGUGCAGGAUUGUCACACAGCACCUGCUGAAUCAGUGCCCUCUACAUCACCUUGCGAGCCUGUAUCAUCACACUUGCCUGUACAGACGGUGGCGACUGACUCUUACAGUCAAACGGUGAACUCCACAUUUGAACCAGAAUGGCUUACUACUUCUCUUAAGCAAAGAGAAUCCAAUCAGUCUGAAAUGCACAUACUGCCAAAUCUCCUCACACUGAACAAUGAUCCAGUGUGAACUGGGAUCAGUGGAGCCCAGCACAGACGGGAGCAUUGCCUUUUGAAGAGUGGAUACAAUGUGUGGUGUAGUUGCUGAGCUCUGUAUGUGAGGACCAGGCCUGCAGUGCCUGUGAUCUACUACCAGGCGCAGUGGCUGCACCUCUGUGGGUUAAGUGCCUUCCCCUCAUCUGGGUUAAAGUGUUCCCCCAAAAGAACCGACUACAAGUCUCUCCGUCCAAAACAAGUUCGAUAUCCACGAGCGUGUUGGAGGACAUUUUCUUGACGCUGGAUUGAGGAAAAAAGAUGUUGUUGAACAUGUGUGUAGUCAUAUUGUGCAAUGUUGUAUUUCUGAGUGAGCCUUUUCACUGCACAGAUACUGUAUAUAUAUUUUUGUAUAGAAAGAGUCAGAAUUUGAAUCAUCAAUGAUAAAUCGUUUAAUAUGGCUGAUGUGCCUUUUUUUUUUAAACCAUCACUGUGCUGUAUGGGUGCGGUUCUUAAAAGUUGACUAUACUAAAUAUGCUUGAUUCCAGUUAAUGCUGCUAAACUGCUUUUCUUCUGUCAAUCAAAACUUUGUGCUCAAGACUUAUUAAGAGUGGACUGUCCCAAAUGGUGUUAAGGAUUGCGUCUCAAUACAUGAUGUAUUUUAUCCUUAUGUCUUUAUCGAGUUAUAUAUGAGUUCAGAGGUCAGGUUUCAGAAAGCUUGUGUGUAAUAAGUUAAAAGGGUUUUAAAGUGAAUUGAUGACAUGCACAUUAAAUUCUAUUUUUUUAUACUGUGA